GGGAGACCAGAUACAGUGAAUGCAGGGUCCGGGGAGACCAGAUAUAGUGAAUGCAGGGUCCAGGGAGACCAGAUAUAGUGAAUGCAGGGUCCUGGGAGACCAGAUAUAGUGAAUGCAGAGUCCGGGUGAGACCAGUUAUAGUGAAUGCAGGGUCCUGGGAGACCAGAUAUAGUGAAUGCAGGGUCCGGGGGAGACCAGAUAUAGUGAAUGCGGGGUCCUGGGAGACCAGAUAUAGUGGAUGCAUGGUCCAGUGAGACCAGUUAUAGUGAAUGCAGGGUCCGGGGAGACCAGAUAUAGUGAAUGCAGGGUCCGGGGGAGACCAGAUAUAGUGAAUGCAGGGUCCUGGGAGACCAGUUAUAGUGAAUGCAGGGUCCGGGGAGACCGGAUAUAGUGAAUGAAGGGUCCUGGGAGACCAGAUAUAGU